UUAGUGUGAACAGUGAACUGGUGACAUUCGCCGCCCCGAUGGACGCCGCCGAGUACCGCCUCCGGGGCAAGGAACUAGUUGACUAUAUCGCCGACUAUUUGGAGGAGAUCCGGGAUCGGCGGGUGUUCCCGGAGAAGAAGCCCGGGUUCCUGCGGGACCUGAUCCCGGACAGCGCGCCCGUGGACGGGGAGCCGUGGCCGCGGAUCUUCGAGGACGUGGAGAAGGUGAUCAUGCCGGGGGUCACGCACUGGCAGAGCCCCCACAUGCACGCCUAUUUUCCGGCCUUGACGAGCUACCCCUCCAUGCUGGGGGAGAUGCUCUCCAACGCCAUUAACUGCGUGGGGUUCACUUGGGCCUCAAGUCCUGCAGCCACAGAGCUUGAGAUGAUUGUCAUGAAUUGGCUGGGAAAGAUGGUUGGACUUCCAGAGGACUUCUUGCACCGAAAAAAUGGUAGUGGAGGUGGGGUGAUACAGACCACCGCCAGCGAGUCCACCCUCAUCAGCCUGCUCGCCGGCCGCUGGCGCGCCAUCAGGAAAUACAAGGACCUCUACCCCGACGCCGAGAACGGCGAGAUCAACAGCAAGCUCGUGGCCUACUGCUCCGACCAGGCCCACUCCAGCGUGGAGAAGGCGGCCCUGAUCGGUUUAGUGCACAUCCGGUAUAUCGAGUGCGACCAGAACCUAUCCAUGCGUGGCCCCGAGCUGCUCCAGACCGUCCGGAAGGACCGCGAGCUCGGCUUCAUCCCCUUCUGGGUCUGCGCCACCCUGGGGACGACAGGUGCCUGCGCCUUCGAUCACUUGGAGGAGGUGGCCGACGUCUGCGAGGAGGAGUUCUUGUGGCUGCACGUGGACGCGGCGUACGCGGGGAGCGCUUUCAUCUGUCCUGAAUACAGGGUGUGGCUGAAGGGGGUGGACAAGGUGGACUCCAUCGCGUUCAACCCUUCGAAGUGGUUGAUGGUGCAUUUUGACUGUACGGCGAUGUGGGUACGAAACAGCCAAGCUCUGCACCAAGCGUUCAACGUGGACCCCCUCUACCUGCAACACGAGUACUCAGGUCUUGCAAUUGAUUAUAUGCACUGGCAAAUCCCUCUGAGCAAGCGAUUCAGAGCGCUGAAACUCUGGUUCGUGAUUCGCAACUACGGGAUUACGGGCUUGCAAAAGCACAUCCGAGAGGGGGUACGUCUGGCCCAGAAGUUUGAAGCUCUAGUAAACUCCGACCCUCGUUUCGAAAUCCCGGCCCAGCGUCACCUGGGUCUGGUGGUCUUCCGUCUAGUCGGUGACAACGUAAUCACCGAAAGCUUGUGGAAGAAGCUCAACUCAAGAGGAAAAAUCCACUGCGUCCCGGCUAUCAUUAAACAGAAGUACGUGAUACGGUUCACGGUGACGUCGCAACGGACUACUAACGAGGACAUCGUCAAGGACUGGAACGAAAUUCGGGCGGUGGCUACGCUGGUUCUGGAUGACCAGAAUAUAAGGGUUAGGGCAAAAGUGCCUCUCGCUGACACUAAAAACAAGAACGAGAAUUUCGGUACUAGUCUGCUAUUGGCGAACUCGCCCAUGUCGCCUAAGAUAGUCAACGGGAGUUUUGUAGCCAUUUACGACCGAGACGACGUCCUGGAGGAGUUUUCCAAGACGAUUAAACUGAGACAGAAUGCCCAAAAUAGUCCUGCGAUGAGGAGACGCAUCAAGGGGAUUUUGAUGUCCGGAAAGCAGUUUUCGUUGGAUUCGCGUCUGGAUUUGUUCCAUGGUAUCGAAACUGGAGCGACUAGUCCGGGGGAAGGGUUACCCAUUUUGGAGGAUCGUAACGAAAGUGAUGACCACACUAGCAACAAUUCUGGGGAAGCUAACGAUGGUGAGGCUUUCAGCGAUGAGUUUCUACAAGUUCCGAACUUUCCUAAGCAGAAGAGGUCUAAGUCGGUUGACCACCAGGUUCCACACAUGAUUCCGGGAGAAUACAAGACUUGCGACAAGUGUGGCCACCAGAUGGUGGCGAUUGAAAAAUGAACUACUAAUUUUCGUAGAUUUGCGUUAAAAGUGUCGUUUUGAAAGUUAUAAAAAAUCUUCCUAGUUCUACUGCUGUGCCAUGCAAUAAUAACCAACUAACUGUAGAUGUAGAUGUAGAUGUAGAUCAGUGUAUGCAUGGAUAGAAUAAAUCGAUGUUGCAGAAUU